UCGCCCUGCGCGGAAGUAGGCCAAGCCAAACGAGCCAUGGCGGGUGAAGGUAAAGAAGGCCCGGAUAAGCUGGAGCAGCUUUUUCGCAGCGGUCCAGAGAUACCUUACUGGAAGAAACAAGAGUUUGAUAACUGGAGGAGACAAGAGUUUGAUUACUGGAAGAAACACGCAGCGCGGAUCCGCGGCAGGAAUCUUGUGACUGGUCUGUGUAUUGGUGCGUUUGUCGUGGGAAUGUUUAGCUACACCAUCUUGUCCGUCAAACAGGAGAGAAUCCUGGAUGAAAUAGAUGACGAGGCCAGGAUCCACAUCACCAGAGGACCACGGACUGGCGCCAACUCUUAAGGACACGGAACAGCCCCGUGUAAAACAAGGAUGUUAUCUUUUUUUUUUAAAAAUCUUUACUGUUGCACAAAACCAUGUUUGAUGGCUGCCACACUCGCAGCCGUUGGAUCGAGUUUUCAGUGCAAUCUUGAAGCAUGUGACAAUAAAACAUAACAAGCUCCACCUAAAA